AUGGCUUCAAACUCUCAUGUCAAAGCUGCACUCCUACUCAUCUUCCAUUUGCUCUUCUUUACACUAGUUUCUGGCCAAACCCCUAGCCCGGAACCGGUGCCUGCACCUCCUCCGCCAGCCUUUCCGAUUCUGAGAUGUGUUAUUAACAUAAUAUCCCUAGCCAUUUGCGCUCCAGUGCUCACCAUCCUGAAAUUCCUCGGUCUCGGAAAUCCUAACGGGCUCUGCUGUACUAUCAUCAAGACCCUGUCAGCGAACCAGGCUGCUUCAUGCCUUUGCAUUGCGAUCAAGGCAAACAUCCUGGGUAUCAACAUCAGCAUCCCAGGCGAUAUCAAGCUUCUGCUGAAUCUCUGUGGGCUGACCCUGCCGAUUGGGUUCGCUUGUCCUUAG